UUCUGUGCAGCAGAACCUGCUCUCGGUCCUACCUGUUCCUUGGUCCAGCGGUGUCCUCAUCACCUCAUCAUCUUUAGAGAUUGGUCAUCUCCUGUAGUAUGUCUGCAGUCUCUGGUCUUCUCCUGUAGUAUAUCCGCAGUCUCCGGUCAUCUCCUGUACUAUGUCCACAGUCUUUGGUCAUCUCCUGUAAUAUGUCCGCAGUCUCUGGUCAUCUCCUGUACUAUGUCCGCAGUCUCUGGUCAUCUCCUGUACUAUGUCCGCAGUCUCUGGUCAUCUCCUGUAAUACGUCCACAGUCUCUGGUCAUCUCCUAUACUAUGUUCACAGUCUCUGGUCAUCUCCUGUACUAUGUCUGCAGUCUCUGGUCAUCUCAUGUACUAUGCCCGCAGUCUCUGGUCAUCUCCUGUACUAUGCCCGCAGUCUCUGGUCAUCUCCUGUACUAUGUCUGCAGUCUCUGGUCAUCUCCUGAACUAUGUCCACAGUCUCUGGUCAUCUCCUGUAGCACAUCCACAGUCUCUGGUCAUCUCCUGUACUAUGUCUGCAGUCUCUGGUCAUCUCUUGUACUAUGUCUGCAGUCUCUGGUAAUCUCC